AUGGCGGACUCGCUCCAGAGCGUGCGCAUACUGCUCAGCUCGACGUGUUUCUUUGCACUCCUUUUCUACGCUGCCAACCGCUUGUCGGACCGCUUUGUCAAAGUCUAUCGCGACUUUUCCAUCCCCGAGCAGGGCGACUGGUGCUCCCGAGUAAACUCCACGAUCCACGCUCUGAUGAUCACGACUGGGAUGGCGUACAGUUUUAUGCAGCAAAGCUGGGACGAAGACUUGCUGCCUACUAAAGAGAUGCCCAUGUACUUGGCGUCGACGCUCUUUUCCUUCUCGUGUGGCUACUUUCUCUUUGAUUUGUUUGUGCUGGUGCUGUGGCAAGUGCCGCUCUGGAGGGUCUUUGUCAUUCACCACGUCGUCGCUGUGUUGCCGUACUUGAUCUACACAAUGCACGCGGGCUGCGGGAUGGACCUGUACUUGCUGCAGCUCUUCCUCUUUGUCGAGUUUGCUGUCAUCCCGCUGAAUGUCACCACUUUUAUGGAGCAGCUUGGGUUUGGCAAAAGCAAGAUCCACGCCUUCUUCUUCUAUUUGACGUACGUCUGCUGGUUUGUAGCUCGAGUGCUGCUGCCAAUCCACAAUGUCUACGUGCUGUGGACAAAGGUCAUCCCCGAUGCGCGAACUGCGCCACUCUGUACGGUGCCGGCAGCUUUUUGUGGUCACGUCAUCUGCGCUUUCUGCGUCGGUGUCUUUGUGUUUGUGUGGACACCAGAUAUUCUGGCCAAGUGGCGGGUGCCAGUCCUGCAAAUGGAAGAGUAUCCAGACUAUGAGCUCACGAUGCGUCAGUCCAUGACGCCGCGCUCGAACCCGAUUUCGUCGCCUCCUAAUGAUGUUGAAAAGUGGGGCGCGAACUACGGGACUGUGUCGACUGAUACCCGAGAGCCUCCUUGGAUUCCGAAGUUGGUUGUAUGA